CGUAAAUCACCUGACAGCUCUUUCCUCAUCAUCCUUUAUAAGUUCUGCCAUUUCCAGUCUAAGCCCACCAUCGACCGCCCGCUCCAUCAUCCCCGUCUAAUUGACAGGUAAUUAAAAGAAUGGUUUCACUCAAGUCCCUCGUUAUUCUAGCAUUUGCGCAGCUUGUAGUGUCUCGUCCCAGUGGGCCACCGGCCUUUCAGGUCACUAACCUUAUUACUCUUGAACCGUCUGGCCGACCUGGUAAUACGAGUCCCUACCGCGUUGGGUUCAACGUGACCGACCCUGGCGAUUCCUCAGCAGCAUUUUGUGAAGCCCAGUGGUCUUAUGCCGAUAGGGAUACUGGAUACCCAAAGCGCUAUCUGAGCAACUGCACCGAUGAUUCGUACGCAUUUAAAUUCGUAGACUGGCAGUCGUACUACAAUUUUACCCUCGAUGUCAAGCAUACCACUAAGGGGCACCAUGAGAGAACGACGAAGCUCGCCAAGGGUCACGUGGAUCUCAACAUCCUCCACUGCACUCAUGCGGCAUCGGGUUUUUCUGCCUGUAACCAGAUGGAAGGCGUUGCCUUUCCACUCCCGGUCUACGACGUGAGGAAGUCCUAAACCAGUAUUCCAACCAACUCUUUGACACAAUGUGUGCAAGAGCAAAAAUAUCUGGGUUUUGGUUCGCUCAUGGAAAUUAAGAAGAGUCUUAAAGGUCGGUUGCUACUUGUAGAGGCAUCCUAUUGGCACCUACUGAGCAUUAAAUGUAAUGUCUGCAAUCUUAGAUAAUCCAAUCUGGUUCCAUCAUUUUCUAGCAGUG